AUGGAAGGUGUAUUGAUAUCGCUAGACAUUCUAUCGAAGGUAUAUUCUUCAUUAUGUAUGAUAAUUCCAGAUUGUGAUGAAACUUAUAACUAUUGGGAUCCUUUGAAUCUUCUCGUUAGAGGAUUUGGGAAACAAACCUGGGAAUAUUCUCCAGAGUUUGCCAUUAGAUCAUAUUCUUACCUAUUGCCAUAUUAUAUUAUUUCAUAUCCCGUAAACUAUAUUGUUAAAGAAUGGGGACUUCCAAGUUAUUACAUUUUCUAUUUUAUUAGAUUUGUACUCAAUGGAUUCACAGUCUAUUCAGAAUUAAAAUUGUAUUAUUCAUUAAAGAAAACAUUCCCAAAUUCGAGUAAUUGGUAUUUGUUCUUGACAGCUAUUGCUACAGGAAUGUCCCAUGCCGGUGUUGCAUUAUUACCUUCAUCAUUUGCUAUGCAGUGUGUUACCAUGUCCAUUUCUUAUGCAUUAAAAGAAUUCUCCAUUGGAAAUGCUGUUGGUUCAUUGACUUGGAUAAUGAUUGGAGGUUUAUUCGGAUGGCCUUUCGUUUUAGCUUUGGCUGUACCUUAUGGUUUAUACACUUUAUUACAUUAUAAACAAUUGAGUAGUGUAAUCAUAAGGUGCAUAGUGAAUUUAUCGAGUAUUGUGGCCGUUAUUGUUACUAUCGAUUCAUUCUUCUAUAAGAAACUCGCAUUUAUACCUUUAAAUAUUGUGUUAUAUAAUGUAUUUGGAGGUGAAGGUGAAGGCCCAGAAAUUUUUGGUGUUGAACCUUUUAGUUAUUAUAUACUUAAUUUGGCGUUGAAUUUCAACGUAGUGGCAAUAUUCGGAUUCAUAGGACUUGUUGACUUUUCAGGUAAGAAAUGGGCCAUCAAUUUACCAUUGAUUUUGUGGUGCUUGAUAUUUGGUAGUCAACCACACAAAGAAGAAAGAUUCUUGUAUCCAAUUUAUUCAUUAAUCAUUGCCAAUGCGGCUGUGGCUUUGGGUGGAUUAUAUACCUUUGUUGAUGGAUUAUUAGAGAAUAUCAAUGCCAGAAUCAUCAGUAAAAUUUCAAAAGUCCUAGUAGUAUUCUUGAUUUCCUCCAUUUCCUUCUUAAGAACCGUUAAUUUGGUAGAAAAUUAUAGUACCCCACUAGUAGUAUCCAAAGAAUUAGCUCAUCUUGAAGGGGGAAAUGUUUGUAUUGGUAGAGAGUGGUAUCAUUUUCCAACAUCAUUCUUUCUUAAUAAUGAUCAAAGAUUGAAGUAUAUUAAAUCUGGAUUCGAUGGAUUAUUACCAGGAGAUUUCAAAGAAGGAGAACCACUUUUUGAUGUUACUAGUUUCACCCCUGAAGGUUUCAAUAACAAAAACAUGUUUUCUGAAACCACCAUAAUACCAUUUGAACAAUGUGAUUACUACAUAGAUAAUUCAGGUAAAACUAAUGGUAUAGAGCCAGACUUCACCAAUGAACCCAAAGAUUGGGAAAGAGUUACAUGUAAAAAAAUCAUCAAUCCUGAUGGUAAUCAUGGUAUUGGAAGAUUGAUUUAUAUUCCUCCAAUAUUACGGACAUUUAUUCCUUAUAAUGUUGAUUAUAUGGAAUUUUGUCUUUAUAAAAAACAUAUAUAA